GUUUCGAACAUUUCUAUUUCCGUUUCCGGAAAAACAAAAUUUCGAUAUUUGAACGUCCACACUUGCUGUGUAGUUAGUUUUAUAUUUAAAAGUCGCUGUUUAUGUAAAUUUAACAAGAUGCUUGAAGUUGACGAAGAUGGCAAACGCAAAAUGCCUAAAGUGGCAAAGGUUAAGAACAAGAUGCCGGCACCAGUCCAGAUUACUGCAGAACAGUUACUCAGAGAGGCCAAAGAGAGGGAAUUGGAGCUUGUACCUCCACCUCCAAAACAGAAGAUAUCAGAUCCAGAUGAAUUAGCAGCUUAUAAAAUGAGAAAAAGAAAAGCAUCUGAAGAUAACAUUAGGAAGAAUAGAACAGUCAUGAUAAAUUGGAUUAAAUAUGCACAGUGGGAAGAUUCACAACAAGAAGUUCUAAGAGCCAGAUCAGUUUGGGAAAGAGCAUUAGAUGUUGACCAUAGAAAUAUAACAAUAUGGCUAAAAUAUGCUGAAAUGGAAAUGAGAAAUCGUCAGAUAAACCAUGCUAGAAACAUCUGGGACAGAGCGCUGACAAUAUUACCCAGAGCCAAUCAGUUCUGGUAUAAAUACACUUAUAUGGAAGAAAUGUUAGGUAACAUUGCUGGUUGUAGACAGGUGUUUGAGAGAUGGAUGGAGUGGGAACCAGAUGAACAGGCAUGGCAUUCUUACAUCAACUUUGAAUUACGAUAUAAAGAAUUAGACAGAGCAAGAGUUAUAUAUGAGCGUUUUGUCCUUGUACAUCCUGAGGUGAAGAACUGGAUUAAAUAUGCUAAGUUUGAAGAGAAAAACAGUUACAUAAGUAGUGCUAGACGGGUUUAUGAGAGAGCCAUAGAGUUCUUUGGUGAAGAUAACAUUGAUGAAAGACUUGUUGUUGCUUUUGCUAAGUUUGAGGAAGGCCAAAAAGAACAUGAGAGAGCAAGAUUGAUAUACAAAUAUGCUCUAGAUCAUCUUCCCAAAGAUAGUUGUCAAGAAAUCUACAAACAUUAUACAGUCCACGAGAAGAAGUUUGGUAGUCGUGCAGCUAUAGAAGAUGUUAUUGUCAGUAAAAGAAGAUUCAAAUAUGAAGAGGAAGUGAAAACAAAUCCCUAUAAUUAUGAUGCCUGGUUUGAUUAUCUGAGGUUGUUAGAGGCAGAUGGAAAUACAGAACAAAUUAGAGAAACAUAUGAAAGAGCAAUAGCAAAUGUACCUCCAUCAAAAGAGAAACGCCAUUGGAGAAGAUACAUAUAUUUAUGGAUCAAUUAUGCUGUUUAUGAAGAAUUAGAAAAUGACGAUCCUGAUAAAGUCAGAGAAGUGUUUAAAGCCUGUUUAGAUGUGAUACCUCAUAAAACAUUUACAUUUGCUAAAAUCUGGCUUUUAUUCGCUCAGUUUGAAAUUCGUCAGAAGAGUUUACAAGGAGCCAGGAGAGUCAUGGGUACUGCUGUAGGUAAAUGUCCAAAAAACAAAUUGUACAGAGGCUAUAUAGAACUAGAAUUACAACUGAGAGAGUUUGAAAGAUGUCGUAUAUUGUAUGAAAAAUUUCUGGAAUUUGGACCAGAAAAUUGUACAAGUUGGAUAAAGUAUGCAGAGUUAGAGACAAUAUUAGGUGAUAUAGACAGAGCAGAAGCUAUUUAUGAACUGGCUAUAAAUCAACAACAGUUAGAUAUGCCUGAAGUCUUGUGGAAAUCUUACAUUGAUUUUCAGAUAGAACAGGAGGAAUUUGAUAAAGUGAGAAAUCUGUACCGACGUUUGUUACAACGAACAAAGCAUGUGAAGGUUUGGAUAAGUUUUGGUCAGUUUGAGAAAACAACAGGAGAAGACAAUUGUAUUGACAAAGCCAGAACAGUAUAUAAAGAGGCAAAUAAUGCUAUGAAAAGUGCUGGAGAAAAAGAAGAGAGACUUAUGUUAUUGGAAUCUUGGCAGGAAUUUGAGGCAGAUAAUGGGGAUGAAGAGACACGUAAACAUGUAGACAAAUUAAUGCCACAGAAAAUCAAGAAAAGGAGGAAAAUCCAAACAGAAGAUGGGUCUGAUGCAGGCUGGGAAGAGUACCAUGAUUAUAUAUUCCCUGAUGAAGAAGCUUCUCAACCAAAUCUUAAACUGUUAGCUAUGGCUAAGAAAUGGAAACAACAAAUGGAAGAUGAUGAGGAAAGCUGAUCAAUGAAAGGGGAGUGACUCCUGUAAUAUUGAUAAGAGGAAGUAACUCAUCUCACUCCAUAAAAUCAUGAUAGAGUUAGAAUUUAUACUAAAAAAUCAUGAAGACACUGAUUCAUCAAGAAAUCUCAUUUGUUUCAAGAAGACAUAAUUCUUAUUGUUGAAAUAAAAAUGCUGUCAUGAGUUUGGUAAAAGUUUCUAUUGACAAUAGAUUUAUUUAAACUUUUGGUAUAUAGCUGACUUUGUCUCUGUUUGACCUUAGAGCUGUAUCCAAAUAACCCUCUGAAAUCAUGCAACAAUCACUAUUAAAUAAUGACUUU